AGGGGCAACCUGUAAAGAAUUAAAAAUUAUUGGUUUAGCACACCAUGUCUUUUUUAAAUGCUUUGACAUAUGUAAUCGCUCUAAGUUGUUUGUGUUGUCCUUGAAAUGUCACUGGUACAUCAUGUUGACAGGGAUUCAUCACUGGUGUCAGAAAUGAUGUUACAUAAUCCACCCAUCCAUUUCUAUACCAACUGUUUCAUUGAAACUAAUAGCUACUUAUUUGUACUAAACAGAAUUCCAAAAAUGAUCGUUCUUAGUAGAGUUACUACUUGCAUGACCCAAACAAUAUUUUAUCUAAUUGAUAAAUGACAAUCUCGGAUCAAGAUCUGUAGUUGCUACUGGAUUUGAAUCAAAAUGCAUCCGAUCAGGCCAGAAUGCCAUCCUAGGCCUAUGCUACCCACUUUCCCUGUGGGAUCUCGUUUUUCACAGCCAGCUGCAAUGAUGACGGGCCCCAACAUGUACAAUGUACAACAGCAAAUCAGACCACCGGUACACCUCAAUAGCUUUCAUAAUCAUAGUCAGCAACAACUGUCGCAUCAAUGGCCUGUGCAAAACGUCCUCGGCCCACAUCCUCAACAAAUGAUGAGGGCGCCAUCAGGGAUGAUGAUGACACCUGGGGCCCCUCAGAUGGUACCUGUUGGAUUUAUGAAUGGAGAAAUUUUGUUUGAGCAGGUACAUCCUAUGAUGUCUGCAGCGCCUCCCCAAAACCUCUUCACAACAAUUAAUACGAGGAAGACUGAACACGUGCGGGAGCGGCCAUACAUAAAGAAGCCACCAAAUGCCUUUAUGUUGUUCGCAAAUAAGUACAGAGAAGUGGUCACCAUGCAAUUGGAAAAGAGAGACAGUGCAUCUGUUCAUGUGGCCCUUGGAAAAAUGUGGAAGUUGCUACCGCAGGCAGACAGGGACAAAUAUUACGAAGAAGCUGAUGCUCAGAAACGACGACAUGCUCAGCUGUAUCCUCGCUGGUCCACCUGUGAAAACUAUGGGAAACGCAGGAAGCGGCGGAAAAGUAAAGUUCACGCCAGUGUUUCAAAAGAUACACCAGAUACUGAAGGUCCUCACACCAAUAGUAUGUGCCUUUCUACAGUACAGAAAGACAUAAUGGUAUAUGAAGAAUUGGACUCUUCUUCAGAAACAAUGCAUUACAACUCCCAGCCUCCUUCUGCACUCGAGUCAGAAGAGUCUGUGGAAGCACUAAUUGAGGAAAAGAAAUUCAUGCAGAUGCAGUGUGUCAAAAAUGAACUUUCAAUUACUCCAGAUGCACAGAUUCAGGGAGAAACGCUUGAGAAUGACCACACACUGAAUCUCCUAGAUUGUAUGCUUCUUUCGCCUGCUUCUCAGAUUGAGCUUCAGAGUGUUGAAGAUGGGUUCCAAUUGUUACUGGAGCAUUUUGAGCCUCAAGGGCUCCCGUUACAUACAGAGGCUGAGGAGUACACCAAGCCUAUGAGUUUAGGGGAAUCACAGCAGCUAAUCAUCAAGUUGUUUGAAGGUCCUGCGCUGACAGGGAAUCUAAAGGUAGAGACUCAUUUGGACCUGGCUGUGCAGGGUCACACAGUAACAGCAGGCCCCUCUAAGGCUCUGAAUAAACCGAUCCAAUUAGCACUGGAGCACCUUGAGACACCAUCUUCCAUUGCUGAGAGAGGGCAUCUUAAGGGAGAGAUGCAACCAGGCUUCAUUGCACACUGCCCGACAUUGGUGGCAGGGACUGUAAAACAAGAGGUGCCGAAUCAAGUACCACAGGGAGAUCUUGAGACACCCUCCUCCACUACACUCAGCGUGAAGGAAAAGACCCAAAUGCCGCCUACCCUACAGAGUCAGAAAAUAACACAAGUGUUCAAUCCUCUCACUGUGCAUAAUCAUACAAUAAAUUCCUCCAAACUACUAAGUCAAGACACAGAGAUCCCAGUACCAUCAGGGGAUUUUGGGACUUCCACCAGAAGUCAGAGUCAGAAAUCAGUGUCCAUUCAGUCUCUGAGUAAGGAAAAGCUCUCUGUGCCACUGCCACAUGUUGAGAACAUAUCAGUUGCAACACAGUCAAGAGAUGGAGACCUCCUCCAGUGUCUCAGUUUUGGUGAUGAGCUACAGUUCUAGUAUAUUGGUGUUCUCCUGCUGGAGGAUCCUCUGUCUGAGAAUCUCCAGUUAUGUUAGGUUUUCUUUUGUGCUGGGACCUAAAGGAACUCUUUUCCAAGUUAAACCUCUUCCGAUAUCUGAAUUCACACACCACAGGUUAAGCACAAACGAUUGUUCUGCAUACUGGUACUCUUUCUGGAAUGUCAUUUUAGAAAUAUGAUUUUUCUUCAAUAACAAGCAGACUAUGCAGCCUGUCUGUUACCCCAAAGUGGGUACUACUAUUUCAAUAUUAGAAUAGAUUAAAUUGUCUAGUGCUUGAUUUUUCUUUUUAGAAAAAAAAAAGCAUGACUUAUAGCUUCUCAGCUUAUGCAUGUUUCAACCAAUGAAUCCUGGGGCCAGGG